CAACUUUCACUCCGUAGAAAAUCCUCCCUCAUUCCAAGUUAGGGUUUCUCUCAGAUCUCUCUCUCUCUUAAACUGCAAAAAAUCUGUUUUCAAUUUAGCAUCAGUAAGAAUGGCAACUGAAACGAAACCAGCAACUGAGGAUGUGAAGAUUGACUUGUUCGAGGACGACGAUGAAUUUGAAGAAUUUGAAAUCAAUGGAGAGUGGGAAGUGAAGGAGGAAGGGAAAGAAGCGACACAGCAGUGGGAGGAUGAUUGGGAUGAUGAUGAUGUCAAUGACGACUUCUCACUGCAGCUAAGGAAGGAAUUGGAGAACAAUACACAGAAGAACUGAGCUGUUUCUAGAACAUGUCAAUAUAGUAUCUCAAAUGUUGGUUUGUGUUUGAUCUUGAGAUUGUUUUCUAUAUCUUUAGUAUGGAAACAAAUGCAUGAACUAUCAAGAUCAGAAGCUGAGUACAAAAUUUUAAGCUCCAGGGCUUAAAUUUUGUGUUUGACUGAUGUGGAAGUUGGAUCUUGUGUGUUAGGAAUUUGUAUUUGAUGAAUUGCUUAUUUCAGAAUUAUUCUGGUAUUAUAGUUUUUAUGUUUAGGGAUAGCAUAGUAGUAUCCCUUCCCCUUAUGAUUCCAUGUCAUGAUGUUAGGGCACACUUACUGUUCCAUUAUCAUAAAAUUAUGAAUCACCUGCAGUUUGGAAUUA